AUGAAGAAGAGCAGCAACAGGAGCAACAAAACGAAAAUCAAGACCGGAGGAGCUUCAGAAGUACAUGUAGAUGCGAAUGACUAUGGCAGUGUGCUCAGCUACUCUGCACCAUCUGACGAUGAUGACGACGUUUACGUGGAACAUACGCUAGACCAACUACGAGGACCUCAUCGAAUGUCAAGAGACUCAGCACAUCUGCAUCAAGCAGAAGAAGCUUCAGUCGAUUCCUUCUGCGACAAUGACGUCUCCUUUGCGGCAGAAGACGAGAAUCCAACACUCAUCCAAAUCACUACAGGAACCACAUUGUCAGCCGACAAUGACGACGAUACCUUAGCGUGCCGCCUAGGACAGUCGUCCUCUGGUCCCAAGGACUCUGCUGCUCCCAUGGAUGAGGUUGAUCUGGAUGGAAAGAAAGUUGUAAACCAAAAGAGGUCAAGACACAGUAUUGAUGAAGAAAACAAUGGGUCGGAUCAGGAAAACGACAGUCAGCUCAGUGACAGCUGCCGUGACGAAGAUGAAACUUCUUCUGCUGACACUGCAGAAGCAAAGGAACAGCAAGUCAGGCAAUCACUCUUCUUUGCCAUCUUGUCAGCUUGCGGGUUGCUCUUUUGCAUGAAACUGAUGACCAGAUUGGUCAACAGAUGCACUGAAAGAGGCAAUGAUGAUGUACCUGGGGUGGACGAAGCUGCUGAAGAGGCAGCAGUGGAAGUCGGAAACCAAGCUGCAUCCGCUGGUAGGACGGGGCUCCUAGCACAGCAACAAUCCAUGACCAACUUGUUAAAUCCAACAGUUUGGGCUCUCCAGGGAACCACGCAACAAAUGGCCGCAGCAGCUGCUCAAGGGGCAGCUAGUGCAACGGCAGCAGGUACCACUGCUGCUACUGGAGGGAUUAGUGGAGUCGCCGCUGCGACUGUAGCUGGGUCUUCCAUGACUGCUCAAAUCGGCAUGGCUAUUGGGGUCGCCGGUUUUAUUGCAGUGGCAGCAGCGGUUGCGGCCCCUCAGUUUCUAUCUACGGGCACCGCCAGCUCUACCGGAAGCACCGGCGGCUACGAUCCAUAUGCAGCCUAUGGCAAUCGGUUUACCCCAUUCCCGACGCCAGCGCCAGCAGAAGUACCUGUGGCGGCGACGACGACGACGACGACGACAAGCAAUCAAGUCGCCGAGACGACAAACUUGGAUGCCGUGGCAGCGAUUGAAGCCAUAGAAGACGAUGCCAGUAUGACCAAUGAUACCAAUGCAACCUUUUUGUUCAACACAACAAGAAACAACGUGACCAGUAACGAAACCAGCCACACCGGCGCUGCAGCGUUUCCAAUGGAGGUCGAGUGUGAGGCCACAGAGGAUGUUGUGGAACAAAAGGAAGGCCUGGUUGACUUUGUCAUUGUAGGUUUGCCCCUCAAUUUCACAACCCAGGAACAAGAGCAGUUAGAAGCCAUUUUCCAGUUGACAUAUAAUGGUUUGGCCGGCAUGUGCUCAGGAGACUACCAGCGCAUUCUACAAAAUGUCACACUCCAAGAAGUCAACUAUGUGGCAGCUGGCAGGAACCUCAUCUUUACCUACACUAAAUGGGCUUGCCAUCUCACCUGCUUGGGUUGUCCAGAUGACAAUCCAUUGUUUGGAAUGCCAAACGACAUUAGCCAAGUUACUGCCAUGUCCAGAAGUGGCGGACGUGAGCUUCAGAGUUCUGCAGGGUUGUUUUCAAACUUUGUUAAUGCAUUCAUGUUUGAAAUGAGGCGAACAUACCCAUCCCUGGAGGAGUCAGAAGAAAGUUCCAAUGUCCGUUUGUAUUCCGGUGCAGUGCUGAAUCCAAUCGACCCACAGGUGGUCGUCAUGGAAUACACUGGUGAUGGAAAGGAUCGUGAACCUGUAGCUGAAGUGGCAACAAAGACUUUUGCUCCUUCUGAUGCAAAGCCAAACCCUACCUCGAGCCCAUCAACUGCUAUCCCAUCUACAGGAACUCCCACAGUGACAGCAGGUGCACCCAGUGCUGCACCAACUACAAGUUCCCCCACAACAAGCCCUCCAACAACAUCGGUCCCUACUCAACCAGUAUCAUCUCCAAGACUCACAAAUGAACCAGAGUCUAUUGCGCCCACAACUUUGUCUCCUACAGUAAAGCCAGGCCAGCCCUCCGCUGUGCCGACAACAAGUGCACCCACUAGUGGACUGCCAACGGAGGAGCCAAUAUCAGUACAGGGUGACAACAACGCACAAGGAGCAGAUGGGAGCAAUCAAGGUGGAAAGAACCCAACUCUUGAACCAACACGAAGGCCAACUCUGGAGCCUACACAAAGACCUACCUUAGAGCCCACAAGAAGGCCCACCUUAAAUCCUACCCAAGCACCUACUAGAGAGCCUACUCGAGGACCCACAAGAGCACCAAGCAAAGGGCCUACACGAGGGCCGACAAAUGAACCAACAAAUUCUCCCACAAGAAGACCAACACAAAAACCAACAUCAGCCCCCACACCUGGGCCAACGAACGCACCCACCAAACAUCCAACGCCGAGGCCAACAAAUAUUCCCACACAGAAACCCACACAAAGACCAACGGCAGCCCCCACAUCAAGGCCAACACCUGUACCCACCAAGCAGCCAACACCUAGGCCAACAAAUAUGCCCACAUUGAAACCUACCAGACAGCCAACUUCUGCACCAACAAGCAGGCCUCCAACUCGCAGACCCACUCCCAACCCAGUGCCUGCUCCAACCAGCAGGCCUCCAACUCGCAGACCCACGCCCAACCCAGUGCCUGCUCCAACCAGCAGGUCUCCAAGCCGCAGGCCCACUCCCAAUCCAGUGCCCGCACCAACCAGCAGGCCUCCAACGCGCAGACCCACUCCCAACCCAGUGCCUGCUCCAACCAGCAGGCCUCCAAGCCGCAGACCCACACCCAACCCAGUGCCUGCUCCAACCAGCAGGCCUCCUACCCGCAGGCCCACUCCCAAUCCAGUGCCCGCACCAACCUCAAGGCGACCGACCGGCAGACCAACAAACAAUCCCACAAUAGGCAGCCUAGUCGCAGACCAUCAAUUGAACCUACUCCAGGACAAGCUCCUGCAAUGA